AUGAAUUUCUUACUACAAACUCUUGAACAAAGCAAAGCAUUUGUACUACAUCAUAAAACUUUAUGUAAGGAUGCGUACUUUCUUAAACAUAAGAAAAAAUUGCAAAGUCUCUUAAUGCUUGACCAACCGACCAAGCAUUAUAAUGGGGAACCCGACGUGGAGAUUGAUAAGAGAUUGAAGUUGAUUUUCGUCCGAAUAGUUGUUAAAAUUAAAUGUACCUCAACACGAGUCUCCAAUGCACGAAUCCGAUCCUCCCUUGCAUCCAGGUACCUCCUGAACCAUAACGUCAGUAGCAUUGACAAAGAGAAUACGUUAAACUUACUUCAAGCCAAGCCUGAAAGUCUUCCGAACUGCUUAGCUGGUGCGGGUGCAUCAGGAGCUGCAGGUGAUGCAGCUAAUGGUGGUGGUGGUGACGGUAGCGGUGGUCCAGUUAAAGUUGGUGGUGCUGGCGCCAGUGGUGGUGAUGGCUCCCGUGGUGGUACUGGCACCGGUGGUGGUGGUGGUGGUGGUGCUGUCUCUGGUGGUGGUGCUGGCUCCGGUGGUGGUGCUGGCACUGGUGGUGGUGCUUGCUCCGGGGGUGGUGCUGGCACUGGUGCAGCUGGAUGUGGGGGUGGUGAUGUUGGUGGUGCUGGUGCAGCUGGUGGCUGCGGUAGUGGUGGUGGAUCUCGAUUUACCCUCCUCCUCCGUCGCUCUCUCACAUAA